AUAGCUUUGCAAACUAGAAACAGAAGGGGAAAACAAGAUUGGGGAAGGACGGGGCUCUCAAUGGGUUAUGUGUUGAGAGUGAGAUUGGCGUCCUUCUUCACGGGCGCCGCAUCGGCGUCAUUUGCUGGUCUUUACAUCCUUCACAGGGAUUACAAGAUUGCGCAGGAAUCCUUCACUCAACAGAUGAAGGGUGUCCAUGACUCACUAGACCGACGAAUUUCUUCCCUUGAAAAUUUGAAACACACUGAUGCUUCGGAGCCUAUGGGAGCAUCAGAAUAGCUGUGUUAACAAAGUUAAAGUCGUAUAUUGUAGUUGAUUGUUGUCGAAGCUACACUGGAUGGACUCAUUAUGCAAACUGGUUUCUUACUGUUUUCAUCUCAUCCGGAAUAAGUACAAUGUAACUCUUUCUUAUGUUACUUGAGAUAUAUCAUCGUUCACGGGAAGAGUAGGAUUCAUUCUGUAACUCGAUAUUUGGAACAAUUUUCGGGAUUGUGUUUUGACCGUGUAGUUUCGUGCUCUCGGUAUCUUUCUUUUCCUUCUCCUCUUUUUGUGGCCUGAGGGAACUUGAUGGUUUUCAACGCGUAUGUUAAUUCGUAGUAAUUUCUGUAUGUAACAACGGUUGUGUUCGAGUACUGAAUCGAUUUUUUGACAAA